AUGCCACCAGUAGGUAAAGCAGAUCCAUCUGAAGUCAGAUAUUUGUAUAUUCGCCAAUUAGGAGGAGAAGUGGGAGCAACAUCUGUCUUAGCUCCAAAAUUAGGUCCUUUAGGUAUGUCACCAAAAAAAGUAGGUGAUGAUAUUGCUAAAGGUACUAUGGCAUGGAAGGGUAUGAAGGUUUGUGUUAAACUUACAGUUCAGAAUCGUCAAGCUAAAAUUGAUGUAGUCCCAACUGCAACUUCCUUAUUAAUUAAAGAAUUAAAAGAACCACCACGUGAUAGGAAGAAAGUUAAAAAUAUUAAACAUAGUGGGAAUUUAUCAUUAGAACAGAUUUAUACUGUUGCUCGUGCAAUGCAAUUUAAAUCAAGAGCUAAAGAAUUUUCUGGUACUGUUAAAGAAAUUCUUGGUACCUGUAGUGCAAUUGGAUGUACUGUUGAAGGUCAGAGACCUAUUGAUCUUCAGGAGAAAAUUGAUGCAGGUAAAAUUGAUGUACCAGCUUCAUAA